UCUGGCGGGGAGCGGAGGUCCCGGCGUCGGUGUCGGUGUCGGUGUCGGUCAGUCAGUUAGUGAGUCAGUCAGUCAGCGGGCAGAGGAGCAGCAGAGGAGCAGCAGAGGAGCAGCAGAGGAGCAGCAGAGGAGCAGCAGAGGAGCAGCAUGACCGGCGUUGAGGAGGCGGCGCUCCUCCUAUAAAUCCUCCGCGCAGUCAGCGGGCGCUCAGAGGCGUGACGGCCGAGCGGAAGCGCAGCGAUCCCGGCUGCCUUUCCUCCCCCCGGCCCCCUCAAGCCCCCUCAAGCCCCCUCAAGCCCGCUCCGGGGUUGUGACAUGCCGGUUCGGGACAUCGCGGAGCUUCGGCCGGUGACGCUUCAGCGGACUCGCCGUCCUCCUCCGCGGCACUUUGCACUUCUCUAGCGGGACUUUUUCUUCUGGAUGUCCCGGAGCUGACAUGCGGGCCUCUAACAGGUCCGCCGGGCGCGUGUGAGGUCAAAGUUCAGCCCAACUUGGACAUGUGAGAAGUUCGGGGGGCAACCCCCCCCCCCCCCCCACGCUGUCUUUCUCACGCACGCACGAGCACGCGCACCGUGGACCAGACAUGUACUCUCCUCUAUGUCUCACGCAGGAUGAGUUCCAUCCGUUCAUCGAGGCUCUGCUGCCGCACGUGCGCGCCUUCGCCUACACCUGGUUCAACCUGCAGGCCAGGAAGAGGAAGUACUUCAAGAAGCACGAAAAGAGGAUGUCCAAGGAGGAGGAGCGCGCCGUCAAGGACGAGCUGCUGGGCGAGAAGGCGGAGGUCAAGCAGAAGUGGGCGUCCCGCCUGCUGGCCAAGCUGCGCAAGGACAUCCGGCCCGAGUUCCGCGAGGACUUCGUGCUGACUGUGACGGCCAAGAAGGCGCCGUGCUGCGUGCUGUCCAACCCCGACCAGAAGGGCAAGAUGCGGCGCAUCGACUGCCUGCGCCAGGCGGACAAGGUGUGGCGCCUGGACCUGGUCAUGGUCAUCCUCUUCAAGGGAAUCCCUCUGGAAAGUACGGACGGCGAGCGCCUGGUCAAGUCGCCGCAGUGCGCCAACCCCAGUCUGUGUGUGCAGCCGCACCACAUCGGCGUCUCCGUCAAAGAGCUGGACCUCUACCUGGCCUACUUCGUGCACGCAGGUGAGUCAGCUUCUGCACCGUGUUCACCAGGUCUCGGGGGGAUGGAGGAUGGGGGGGGGGGGGGGACUGUGCAUGUGCCGUAACACUGCGCCCAAGACCCAACCUCCGGGCUAAGGAUUUGAGCUUGUCCUGAACAAUUUAGAGCUAAUCCUCGUUCUUCAUUGUCCCAUUUAAAGCAGCAGUUCCAUUGGCAGCAAAACAGGCCCAGAACAUAAUACUACCACCACCAUGCUUGACCAUAUGAUUGGUGUUCCUGGGAUUAAAGGCCUCACCUUUUCUCCUCCAAACUGGGUUUUGUUUCCUCUGACAUCACAUGGACAAAGAUGAGAGCUUCUGGAGGAAAGUUCUGUGGUCAGAUGAAACAAAAAGUGUAUGUAAACUUUUGACCACGACUGUACAUCGCCAUAAACACACAAUGGACGUCAACACUAAGAGCAGCAAAUGACACAUUUGACUGACAGUUGUGUCCGUGUCACAAUGGGUGGGGCGGUAUAGCUCGGUUGGUAGAGUGGACGUGCCAACAACUUGAGGGUUCCAGGUUCGAUCCCCGCUUCCGUUGUGUCCUUGGGCAAGACACUUGACCCACCUGCUCCCAGUGCCACCCACACUGCUUUAAAUGGAAAAAUAGAUAUUGGCUUUCACUAUGUAAAGCGCUUUGAGUCACUGGAGAAAAAGCGCUAUAUAAAUAUAAUUUACUUCACUUCAUUAGCAGCAAAUAACAGAUUUGACUGGCAGUUGUGUCCGUGUCACAAUCCAUGACUCGCCUGCUGAUGUAAUGUCUUCUGAUCACUAAUCACACACAGGUCACAUGUUAAAAGCAGAUGUUGACUAACUACACACAGGUCACAUGUUAAAAGCAGAUGUUGACUA